AUGCUUCCCGCGUACGCAGCCGGUUUCGACGAGAUUCGAAAUAACCCUCGCCCCAGCGGGGGCACAAUUACUAUACGACAGUACCGUGAAAAUAUUGACAAACUAGCCGCGAAGCAUCCAUUGCCUAAAGUUAUUGUGGAAGAUAAAACAAUCACACAUCAUGGUAUCGAGGUUAAAUUGGUAUUGUAUCGUCCCCUCGGAACUGAAAACCAAGUACUUCCAGUAGUCUUAUUUUUUCACGGCGGUGGGUUCGUGUUUGGAUCCAGAAAUUCUCAUGUUAAAGGAAUCCGCGAUAUUUGUAAUGAAAGCAAAGUCUCGGGCAUCUUUGUGGAUUACUCCCUUGCAGCUGAGGUGAAAUAUCCAACGGCUCAUGAUGAAUGCUAUACUGCUUUUGCUUGGGUACUGGAAAACAGCGAAAGCAUCAACGUGGAUACUUCAAAACUUGCGCUUUAUGGCGAUUCAGUUGGUAGGAACUUGGUAGCAUCUAUUGCUCGGAAAACUGCUUACUGUUUGUUUUCCAAACAAAUAUGCAUAGUCAUGGCAAAAGAGCGCGGAACGCUUGAUAAGAUUAAGACCCAGGUUCUUAUUUAUCCUUGGCUGUACCUUGCUUCAAAUACUUUUGAGUCCUAUGAACAGUAUGGCAAUGGCAGCUACCCUUUACCCCGUCGAGAAAUGGAAUAUUUCGACAAAGCCUACUUUACUGAAAAGGACAUCAAGGACAAAUUUGCUUAUCCGUUAUUGGCAACGGUUGACGAGCUUCAGGGAUUGCCUCCAGCAAUCCUAUUUAUUGCGGAAACAGACUCUCUGCGGGAUGAAGGCGAAGCUUUUGCACGGAAACUUAUCAAAGCUGGUGUAUCUACUACUGCAGUGCGAUUUAUUGGAGCACGUAAGUUUAGCCUUUUAACUGUUGAUAGUAUAACGUCAUCGUUUAUACUAACCAUCACACCGCACUGUAGACCACGGAUACUUUAA